CUGCUUAGGAGCCAGAGCUACCUGUGUCAGAAUCCUUCAUUUUGAUCUUUAACAAAAGUAGUGCGCCUAAGAAGAUGUCCAGUACAGACCCCCUACCAAAUACAGAUGAAAAGAGAUGAAGAUGAACCAGAGCGUUUUGAUGGUCUUUCUCUCUUAUACUGGACUAUCAUGGGCCCUCAUGGAAUCAAUCGAGCUGUGCACCGCAUUUCUUUUUCUGACUGUCAAAAUGGAUUAGGAGUUAAAAUUAUUGGAGGUUAUCGGGCACAAACAGCAGAAGAUUAUGGGAUUUUCAUAAAGAGAAUUCUACCUGGAGGAGUUGCUGCUGUAGACAGCCGUUUGCUCACUGGCGACCUGAUUUUGGAUGUCAAUGGAGAAAACUUAAUUGGAGUAACCAAUGAAAGGGCUGUUGACAUCUUGCGAACAGCAUCAGCAUCUAACCACAUGUCUCUGCUGGUUGCUAGAGAUGAAGAAGCGAAGAAGGAAUUUCAUGACCUGAUGGAUAAGUACGGCUCUCACAGCGACAUCAACUCAGCCAGAAGUUCUCCAACACAACCAUUAUCUGCAAAAUCUAAUGACAGCCCUUCUUCUGGGUCAUCCUCAAGGUCACAGAGCCCUCAGCUGCAUCCGAAGGAUAAUGUCACGACCAGCAGCAGAAAUAAUUAUGGCCCAGCACCAUUCCCAAAGCUUGCAAACGAUAGUGCAUUUCAGAUGAUCUCUGUUUGCAAAGGAACAAGCCUAGGUUUGAAUAUUGUAGGAGGAAUUAACAGAAAUGAAGGACCUUUGGUAUAUAUUCAAGAAGUUAUCCCUGGUGGUGAUUGUCACAAGGAUGGACGAUUGAAGCCGGGAGAUCAACUGGUAUCCAUAAACAAAGAGUCAAUGAUUGGUGUCUCCUAUGAAGAGGCAAAAAGUAUAAUCAACAGAACAAAGAUGAGGUCUGAAAGUUUUUGGGAGAUAGCUUUUAUUAGGCAAAAAAAUAUUCCCAGUUAUUCAGAGAGUCUGCAGCGUCCUUCCAGCCUCUUAACAUCUUCUAUAGCAUAUGGAGACCAACAGGCUGCACUACUUAGUUCUCUUGCAUCUCCUAAUGGGAAGCUUGUUUCCACAUUCAUUCCAAAUGCGAUCCAGACUGGAGUCAUGACAGGAGAGCAGUCUCCAAUUACUUCUCUAGACAGCAAUCCUACUGAUGUGUCUGCCACUGUUACUGCUCCCAGCCAGAAUGAUGAUUAUGAGCUGCAAGGAAGGAACUCCACUGUUCGUCUCAAAGCAGAAAAGCUGGAAAGGGCGUUGAAUUAUCUUGGGAUUCAGCCCACAGAUGAACAGCAGCAAGCCCUAAGGCAGCAACUUCAGAAAGACUCUAAAGGAACAGUGUCUUUUGGAGAUUUCAUUGAAGUUUCAAAGAAUCUGUGCUCUAUGCAAUUGAAUGCAACAGAUGAUGGCCAAAAAUCUCCAACACCUGGAGUCAAUGAAAUUACCAGCUUCCUGGAUUCACAGAUUGUAACCUCUGAUUCUUUGGAAGAUGAUGUGGAAAGACUUAAGAAAGAGAGAAAUGAUGCUUUAAAAGAAAUGAGUAAAUUAAAGGAGAAAUUAUCUGAAUCCAUGAAUUUAGAGAAACAGUUAACAGAGCAGCUACAGAUUGUCAAGCAAGAAGCCAAGGCAGCUGUAGAAGAGACAAGAGCCCUGCGAAGUAGGAUUCAUCUUGCAGAAGCCGCACAAAGGCAGGCUCGGGGAAUGGAAAUGGACUAUGAAGAAGUUAUUCGCCUGUUGGAAGCUGAAAUUGUAGAGCUGAAGGCUCAGCUCACAGAUCAUUCUGGCCAAAAUAAAGAUAAUAUCCAAGACUUGAGAAAGAGAGUGACAGUGCUUGACUGCCAGCUGCGGAAAUCGGAAUCGGCUAGGAAGACCUUUGAGGUGGCUACUGAAAAGUUACUCCAGUUUGUGGAGAUCGUGCAUGAAGUACUGUCAGAUAACUCUACUCCCUCAACAGCUUUAAGUGACAGAACGUCAACAUUGCCUGCUAAAGCACUUCUCGCACGGUUGGGAAGGACUGGACCUACUGUCACAACAGCUCUUGCAGCAGAAGCCAGAGACCUUGCCAAGUCUGUCCGUGCCAUUUUGGAACUAGAUUGUCUGCCUUACGGAUGGGAGGAAGCUUAUACAGCAGAUGGAAUCAAAUAUUUCAUCAACCACGUGACACAGACAACAUCAUGGAUCCAUCCCGUAACAAGCGCCCUAAGCUUGCUUUGCUCUGAGGAUGACGAUGAAGGAAUAAGAGAGCUUCCCAGGUCCAAGAGCUGAGGACAUCUGUUGACAUUGUUGUAGUUCGUGUAGUUUCAGUACACUAGUGAGAAGAUGCACACUUUCUGCAUACUUUCUAGCCUAAUGUUAAUAGUACUUGAUGAUGUUUCUCCCUUUUAAGUCAGAGGAAGUUCUGCCAUUUUUUAGCUGGGUUUAUUGAUGGGUGCUACAGAAGAUGCAGGCACUGCAGAAGUCUCCCUUCAGUCCUUAAUCUGUUACUAUUCAGUGUCUAGGGACCAGUCUUAUCUUGCAGCCCAAUCCAGGCUUUUCAAGACAUCUCUGUUGGCUUAACUCCCCUGACCUGCAGUGUAAUUUUCACAGCUUUGACCAGCAGGAGAGUUAAGAUGGGACCACUGGUUGUAAUUUCACGUGCUGGAUUCCAGCAUGGUUGACUGAAAGCUGCAAGGUGACGUGUGGUGGGGUUUUGUUAACCAGUGCUAGUGAAUGUAAUGUACCUUUUCUUUAACUACUGAAAAUCUUUAUUUUUAUGGAAGACACUUGUGAAUAAGCUUUGCUAACAGAAAUUCAUCAAUUUAUUACAAGUAUUGGAGCCCUGAUGACUUUUAAGACAAAUACUUUUGAAGAUCGGUGGUUGGGCUUUAGAAAAAUGAGUCUUUGAUAAGUUGUCAAGAAAAAGAAACAGUUUGGUAAAGGACAUCAUACUCUGUCAACAAUGUGAGGCAAGAAUGAGAAUUAUUCUACUUUUGUACUCUGCUAAACCGGUACAUACAUGCAUCAAAUACUUCAGUGGAAGCUGUGAAGUUUCAAGUACAAUGAAACCUGUGAAACCACCUCCAGGAUCAGCAGAAAUCAGUCACCUCCUCAAAGUUGGUCUUUAAGUAGAACAAAAUCAUUUUGUACUCAUUGGUGAUGUGUUAAAGAGGAUAAAGAAUAUGCCAGGAGGUGCUGGUGCAAGCUAAUGAGCAGGUUUCACUGUACCUUGAUAGCACAGGGUAUUUUAAAUCUCAUUAUUCACAGCACAAUGUAUGAUGUCAGCUCUCUGAAAUAUAUGAGUUUAUGCUGUGUUUCUCUGGAGGCUCUUUACAUAUGUGUGUAUGUAUAUAAUACAUAUGGUAGGUGUUGAUUAACGAACGAAAGACAGAUCUGAAACUUUGCAGAAGUUUCUCAUCAUACUGAUGAGUACAUCAAAGGAGAACUCUAUCUCUGAUCUUCAGCCUGAGAUGGGUAAUGCGAUUGUAUCUGUGUGAGGGAGGACAGGCUGCAAUCUGCCACUCUUAAGGACUUGAGAACCCCACUGGAAAGGUUCAGGCUCGCUCCUGCACUCCAGGUCACCUCUGCUGGCCGAUACAAAGGGAUGGGGCUGUGCAAUCACAGUUUUUGAGGUCUGUCUUCAGCAGGUGUAGCACUGGAUUUAAGUCCUUUUUCUCUGAGGAAUGGAUAGAAAGCCCUGACUUAUUUGCAGUUCUGGUGCCUAUGUCCUGCUCUCUGUCCUUACCAUUACCGAGCUGUGCCAAGUCAGGCACACUGUAGCUGUUGAUCCUUUUGAAUCAAAACGAAUAAACCUUCUUUUUUUAAAUCCAAGUCAAGUCUCUUCUUUGAAUGGCAGUGCAGUGAUCUGGCCUGGGAGCUGUAGAGCACAUCCCCAAAUGUUCUUCCCAGAGGAACAAAGUGCAGCUCAUGAAAGAGUUUUUUGCAGGCUUUGCUGGAACUGGAUGUCAGGAUACAUGGAAUAAGCAACCAGAAAAAAUCUGUUUUGUACUUUUAACUAGGUCAGAACCAAAUUAUCCAUGAAUCUACACAGGUGGUGUGGAUUAGGAAGAAGAGCUUGCUCAGCAGACCUAGAGUAACCUGUAUUUCUAAGAAAACUCCUCAUAGCAAUAACACAUAAAUGCUUUAGCCAUAUUUUGCUCCAGUGGCUCCUACGUGCUUCACAGAACACAGUCUGAAGGGACAGAGCACGUGCUCCAGUUUCAGGGUUGGACACUCUGGAAGCAUUUUUAUUUAAAGCCCUCUUCUGAAAAUGGCACGGACUCAUCACCCAUAGAGGAUAUUUAAGGUUUGGAACUCCUUGUGAUAUUUGCUGUAGCUGUAGUAGUUUGGAUGCUUUAUGACAGGCACUCUGAGUUCAUAUGUCCGUGAUACCCAGACUGCAUAUAGAUUCCAGUUUUACAGUUCUGUUUGAAAGGCUUUAAUCUCCACUUGACCCUCACAGCCUUGACUUAUCCACUAGUGGCUUUGUGACAGCCAGCUGGGUGCUUCAAACAGCAGGAGCUAUUUGGAGACAGAGGUUAUGGAUCAGGCAGGCUGCAUGAGCGGAGACUUUCAGAGAGAUAUUUAAAGCACUCCUUGUGCAGGGUGAGCUGGAGGAGGACAGCUGUGCCCAUUGCCUUGCCCUUCGCAGGGAGCUGGUGACGAUCUCUGGCUCGGAGCGCGCAGUGCUCAGCCUGCUGUGCACGAGAGGGGGAGAAACCGAGACACGGCGCUGGCGCGCUGCCUGCUCUGCUUGCUGCCUCCACCCACAGAGAGAAACCUGGAGACGAUUCCUCCCUCUGCCUCAUAAAUUUGCCUAGAAAUUAAAGACGUUAGAAACAGAUCUCGGCUUCUCUCCGGCUUCUCCUCCAGUGCGCAAUUACCUCUUCAGAUAAUCCACUAAUUCAGAUUCUCCGUUAUUGAGACUACAUUUUCAUACCUACAAUCUCCAAAUGUUCCAGUCUAUUUUUGUACGCUGGCAUACUUGUUUCCUAGGUUAUUUCUCUCUUAGCUCCCCUUGUCUCUUCCUUUCUGUGAAACAGUUUGUGGAAUUAAUUUUGAUUCAGAUGAACUGUGUAUACUGAGACAAUGGUUCUAGGAUAACUUAGGAUUUGCAAAGAGCAGUUGUCAAAAUAUACAACCUAUAAACAAUGACUCUCUGUUUUUAUUAAAAAAAUAAGUGGAAAAGAAAUGAAAGUGCACGUUAUAUCCUUUAAAAUAAUGAGACUACAGCUAAUAAUGGCCCCAGGGCCAUAAAUUGU